AUGGCGAUUCAUUUAAAACGUUUUAUGCAAGAACGACCUGAUAUGACUAAGGUCGUUUUUGCACCCAGCUUCUCACUAGACGUGCCUCCUCCUGCAUUCGAUGGGGGUGAGUCCACCCCUGCCAUCAAGGCAUUCAACCCCAGCCUUCCCCUGCCGCCUUCCCCUAUCACCGUGGACGACAAGAAGAUUCGAGUCUCCAUCUACUGGUACACCAGAUCCCUCAAGAAACACCGCGUGAAGAGGAAGCUGCUAGACAGUCAGAUGGUGUCGGUGUAUGGGGACGCGUGGACCGAAUGGAAUGUCCGCCAGGCAGUCAAGGCCUGGAAGGAAUCUAACAAGAACUUCGGCCUGGCCAUUGAGGUGGAAGAUGAAGACGGAAAUCUGCUGCCGGCACACAAAUACUUCUCGCCUAUGAACUGCUCCAAGGAGGCCUCGACCUCCCGACCAAUCCCCGGCUUCCUGGUGGACGCGGCACGCCUCUUCUCGCUGGAGCACAACCAAACGAGCAAUGGCGGCAGUAGCUCCGCCUACCACUUCAACACGCACAUGUUCCCCAUGAUAGACUUGUGCACAGUCGAAUUGCCCGAGACGGAAAUCGCCGAGGCUGUGCUCUAUCAUAAUGCCAAGUUCGCGCUGGAAAGGCAGCUGUUGACUGUCGUGAGGAAUAACAGCAUUACGUCAGCUGACGUCAUGGACGACAACAGGCAUAGGAUCAGGCAUCAGAAUCAUCAUAGGAUUGUGGUGAUGAACAGCACCGCCGUGGAAGCUAUGGCGGACGCUGCCUCCUCGAUUUCGUCAUCGUCGCCGCCAGCCAGUGCCUCCCUGAUCGCGUCGUCACCGAUGCGACACACAGAGGUGGUGCGACGCGAUAAUGGCGACAGUGUCGAGGAGAUGACCUUCACGAGCAGCGCCGAUGACCUUGAUGGGGAUCAGCUGAGAAAGCACAUCAUUGUGCAGAAGGUCAUCAAACGCAACCGGCAGCCGGCAUCAGCUGAUUGAACUGCAACAGCUGAUCGAUGGUGACCUUGAACUUGACUACUUGCAACAGCUGAUCGAUGGUGACCUUGAACUGAC